AUGCAUACUCCACGCGAGUCUCAGGACGGCGGCCAACCAUCAUCUACCGCCUCAGCCGGGGCAAACUCUGUCGGUCACCAGGAAAGUAAUUCGAAUGGUGAAGCGAACAAGGAACUCAACAACCACCAUGAGCCCAACACAGACACCAUCUCGCCUACUCCGGCUUCUGGCACGGACAACAAAGUUGCGACCAAAGGACUAGUCACGUCUACCUCGAAUGACACUGCCAACAAGAAUGAGGUCGUUAGAACCUCUUCCAGAGGCUCAUACUCCAAUGUCGACGCCGAAGACGCCAUCACCGUUGACACUUACCGCCCAGAUCCCUACGACUUUGGUCGACACCGUCGUGACAAUGUCUCCAAGAAGCAGAUGGCCAUUGAGCAUCCCAAGGGCAACAAGAGGAAGCUGAAGAAGUUCUACAACCGACAGAAUGAGCUCAUUGACCAGUUCCUUGGUGCCGAGGACGAAGAAAGACUACAGGUCGCCGAAGAUGCGCGAGUAGGGCCCAAAAUCAAGUUCGCCGUCAACGCCUCCUUCACAGUCAACUUUUGUCUCUUCGUCAUCCAGCUCUAUGCUGCCGUUUCUACUGGGUCUCUUUCGAUGGACCUAGUCUCAUCCUUUGUGAUGCUCAUCACCUCAAGGAUGGCGGCCAGGCCUAGUGUAUACAAGUACCCUGUCGGACGAACCAGGAUCGAGACGAUCGGUAUCAUCCUUUUCUGUGCACUGAUGACUACCGUUGCCAUCCAGCUUUUGGUUGAGUCAGGCCGCGCACUCGCCGAGGGCGCAAGGACUUCUGAGAAGUUGCACAUUGUGCCCAUUGUUAUCGUCAGUGUAGCCAUCUUUGCCAAGGGCUCCUUGAUGGUGUACUGUUUUGCAUACCGAAAGUACCCCUCAGUGCAUGUCUUCUUCAUCGACCACCGCAAUGACAUCGUCGUCAAUACCUUCGGUCUUAUCAUGUCUGUCGUCGGAGAACGAUUCGUGUGGUAUCUGGACCCCAUUGGUGCCAUAUGCAUCGCACUGCUCAUCCUGUUUUCCUGGGUUUCAAAUGCUUUUGAUCAGGUUUGGCUCCUGGUCGGAAAGUCAGCGCCAAGGGACUUUGUCUCUAAGCUCAUUUAUAUGGCAAUGACUCACGACACUCGAAUCCUCAAGGUUGACACGUGCCGAGCGUAUCAUGCGGGGCAGAGAUACUACGUCGAGAUUGAUAUUGUCAUGGAUGAGUCAACUCCUCUGAGAAUCUCCCAUGACGUUGCACAGGAUUUGCAGCGAAAGGUUGAAGGACUAGGAGAUGUCGAAAGAGCGUUCGUCCACGUCGACUACUCAGAGGCGCACGACCCUCACGAAGAGCACAAGCCAUUGUACGAGAGACAUUCAAAGAAGACCAAGAGAACGUUGAAGGAGAUCCUUCUACGAACGAAGAAGGACACAACCCAAGUGAGUGAGACCGAGAUUGCCAGCGGCCGAAACUCAGCUUGA